AUGACUUCCACUAUUGAGUUGGCCUCAUCCUUCAUCGAGGGUGCCCCGCCCGGAGAGCUUGCAGAUGUCGUCUCCGAUGUGCAGGCCCUUACCUCCGAGGGUGAGGACAUUGUUCCCUCUCUGGUCCCCGCAUUCAAACGAUACAACGAGUCCCAGCUUGCAACAGUAAAGCUGCCAGGGUCAAGCGAAGAGGUCAUCGUCAGUGAAUUUAACGCGCUCGAGGAUAAUCGCUAUUUCGACCCAGAGAGCCAGACUUCUUUUGAGGUCGAUCAUACCACACAGACUGCCUCUGGGGCACAAUCAUACCACUUGGAAUCGGAGAAUGCGGACUUAAUUAAAUCGCUACUCAAGUCGUUCGGGGCUCAUGCCCGUGAACACUACCCCAGCAGCAGUUACGGCGUCUAUCCUAUCGAGAACGACUCCGCCGUCGCUAUUCUCUUGGUCGCCAACCGAUACUCCCCUAACAACUUCUGGAACGGUCGCUUCCGCGCAAUUUACCAGGUCCCCGUCUCCUCCCCCUCCACCUUGACCGGCAAGAUCCAGGUCGACGUGCACUACUACGAGGAUGGCAAUGUGGCACUCAACACUAACAAGCCCGUCAGCGUCAACCUCCCCUCCGUGUCUGCCGAGUCGAUUGUUUCCAAGAUUGCGGCUGCUGAGCGCGAUUACCAGGAGGCUCUGAACCGGGCGUUCGUGCAGACUGCCGAGGGUUCGUUCAAGGGUCUUCGCAGACAGCUUCCCAUCACCCGCCAAAAGGUGGAGUGGGAGAAGGUCGGUGGAUACCGCCUGGGUCAGGACAUCUCAGGCGGCAAGGGACGGUAG